GAUUCCUCCCCUCCGCUGUACUAAUACAGGGAAGCUCCCAGUCAGGCUUGCCUUUGGAGCCUUGCCCUUUCCCCUAGACUCCCAGCCCCGGAGGCCUCAACACCUACCAGACUAACACUACCACCAGCUGCAUCCAAGCCUAGCUACCACUCUCCUCCCUCCCCCUCUGUCUCCUGAGGUGCUCAUGGCCUCGAGCUCAAACCCGGUCAGCAUGGACAUGGACCCGCCCGUCCUCUCUAUCGCCGUCGAGCACGGCCCGCCGGAGUCGCGCCUGGUUCAGCUCGGCGUCAGGUCCUGGCCCAAGUGGGGCUGCCCGACGGGGAAGUUUCCGGUGAAGUUCGACGCGAGGCAGACGUGCUAUCUGGUGAAGGGCAAGGUGAGGGCGCACAUCAAGGGGUCGUCCGAGUGCGUGGAGUUCGGCGCCGGCGACCUCGUCGUCUUCCCCAAGGGGCUCAGCUGCACCUGGGACGUCGUCGCCGCCGUCGACAAGUACUACAAGUUCGAUUCGUCUUGACUUUGCCGGGUUCGCGGUGACUAAUUCGCCUCCUGAUUUAGAUUGGUGACUGUGUUAGCCUCAUUCUCUAGCUAAUUUGCUAGACCAUAUCCGUCUCUAUUGGCUUCCUUGUGUGUAGUAGGGAAAAAAUCGGCGUGAGUGAGGUGAGGGGCAUCUAGCCCUCCUGCGUAGUAGGUUCCUAGUUAUUCAGUUGCCUCGCAAAACCGGUCAAUGCAGUGGCCGUUCAAAGUAUUCUUAUUUAUUGCCCUGAGUGCAGUGCAAAUCCGUUUUGAAUGCCUUC